AUGCCCACUGCCUCCUCAUGCCCACUGCCUCCCCAUGCCCACUGCCUCCCCAUGCCCACUGCCUCCCCAUGCCCACUGCCUCCCCAUGCCCACUGCCUCCCCAUGCCCACUGCCUCCCCAUGCCCACUGCCUCCCCAUGCCCACGCCCAUCUGCUUGCACAGACCCCUCUUUGGCCAGCUGCAUCUUUCAUCCCACGCAACGCCCUGCACGAAACCCUCCAUGAGUCAGACACGCCAGCGCGCGGCAUGCUGACACGGGCGCAUUUCUUCUUCCUCAUCACAGCGCUCUCCUUCUGCUGGUACCUCGUGCCCGGCUACCUCAUCCCCAUCGUCUCCUGCCUCUCCUGGGUCUGCUGGGUCUGGCCCGCCUCCAUCACCGCGCAGCAGCUCGGCUCAGGUGGGGGCUUUGUCUCCUUGCUUCUAGAUCUGCCCAUUUACUCCCCCCUCCCCCUUCCUCCCCUCUUCUGGGUCUGCUGGCUCUGGCCCUCCUCCAUCACUGCACAGCAACUCGGCUCAGGUGGGUGCUUAGCCGUCGUUCCCCUUCGCCCAGCCUCCUUUCCCCCUCCCUCUCUUCCUCCCCCUACCCCUUUCCUCCCCUCUCCUGGGUCUGCUGGGUCCGGCCUUCCUCUAUCACCGCACAGCAGCUCGGCUCAGGUGAAUUCUUCGUCUCCCAUUCUCCCCCUUCUCUCCCCAUUCCUUCCCCCUCGCACUGGCUGGGUCUUACUUUCCUCUGUCACCGCACAGCAACUCGGCUCUGAUGGGUGCUUCGUCUCCUGUCUCACCCUGCCCCACUCUCCCCUCCCCCCAGUCUCCCCCCUUCCCCCCAUCUCUCUGCGGCGCUCUCGUUCUCCCUUCCUAGUGCCUGUUUUGCCCCUCUCUGCCCCUGAAUCCCCUCAUCACAACCCCCCCACCCCCCCCCCCCCCCUACAUGCUUCCAGCCUCGUACCCCUCCUUUCUCCCCUCCUUACUCCCGUUUCUGCUCUCCCUGCCUCUGGUUUCUCCUCGCUCAUCCUUUGCCUCCCCAUCACACCAUCCCCGCCCUCUGUUUCCCCCCCUCCUUAUUCCCCAGGGCCAAGGGGCAUGGGUCUGGGUGCAGCAGUCACCCUCGACUGGGCCACCAUGGCCGCCUUCCUCUCCUCGCGCCUUGCCGCCCAUUUCACCUCACAUUUCCUCAGAGUAUUUUGCCCCACAACAUCUCCCCAUCCAUUUCACCCUGCCUUGCCAGGUCUGAGGGGCAUGGGUCUGGGUGCAAUCACGCUCGACUGGGCAACAAUGUCGGCCUUCCUCGCCUCGCCCCUCGCUGCGCCCUGGUUUGCCAUCCUCAACGUUGGAAUCGGCUUCGCCCUUUUCGUCUACGUCCUCAUCCCCAUCUGCUACUGGGGCAACGUUUUCGCCGCCACCCGCUUCCCCUUCCUCUCCUCUGGAACCUACCAGUGGUCGGGGGAUCGAUACCCGGUGCAGGCGAUUAUCACACCGGAUUUCCGGCUGAACGAGACGAUGUAUACGGAGCAGAAUCUGGCGCCGUAUAUAUCGGUGUUCUUUGCGCUGUGCUACGGGCUGGGGUUUGCCGCGCUGACUGCGACGGUGGUGCACGUGGCGCUGUGGUAUGGGCCGGAGAUCUAUCAACGGACGAUGAGUGCUGGUGCCCUGGUGCUGGCUCCUGCUGCUCCUCAUGCAGCUAGGCAAGACCUCGAGAGCAGCUGUCAGCCAUCUCAACCUGUCAGAUUCCCCCCCCUCUCCUUCCAAUCCCUAUCAGCCACGGAGGUGAAACCCGACGUGCACACGCGGCUCAUGCAGCGCUACCCCAAGGUGCCCUGGUGGUGGUUCCUGCUGCUGCUCCUCGCCAACAUCGCUGUCUGCAUCGCCUUCCUCGAACUCAACGCCUACUUCCAGCUGCCCUGGUGGGGCCUGCUGCUCUCCGCCGCCCUCUCCCUCUUCUUCACCCUGCCCAUCGGCAUAGUCACCGCCACAACCAAUCAGCAGCCGGGGCUCAAUAUAAUCACGGAGAUGAUCUGGGGGUAUAUUCGCCCCGGGGAGCCGAUAGGGAACGUGUGUUUCAAGACGUAUGGGUACAUUAGCAUGACGCAGGCCAUCGCCUUCUUGCAAGACUUCAAGCUCGGGCAUUACAUGAAGAUCCCACCACAAGCCAUGUUUGUGGUGCAGGUGUUCGCCACUAUCUUGGCAGGCUUUGUCAAUCUCGGCACGUCCUGGUGGCUUUACGACACCGUGGAGAAUGGGCUCAUCUGCAAGAUCAAUGACGAGAACUUCCCGGAGAAUUCCCCAUGGACGUGCCCGACAGCCAACGUGUUUUACUCCGCUUCAAUCAUCUGGGGGCUGAUCGGCCCCGAGCGCAUGUUUGGCCCCACAGCUUUCUACAACAACCUCAACUGGUGGUUCCUUGGAGGGGCGCUCGCUCCCAUCCCCUUCUGGGCCGCGCACAAGAUGUGGCCGCGCCAGGUGUGGUUGACCAAGGUGCAUAUCCCAGUGAUGCUCACAGGCGUGGGCAUGAUGCCGCCGGCUUCACCCAUCAACUACCUGGGCUGGCUCACCAUGGGCUUUAUCUUCAACAAGCUCAUCUUCACUUACCGAAAGGUGCGGUUGAAACCCCUUCAGUUUCCCUCUCCUGGUGGGGUGCUGGUGUAA